AUGGAAGCAUGCAUACGCAGCCCGCAGCCUGAAGCUUCUUCCGGGUGCUGCACCGCGAAUCCCAGGUUAGUUCCAGAGUCAAAAGUAUCCGACCAGCCGCUGUCAGAUGGUGAGGACGAUGAUUGUGAUGAUUAUAUGGAAAUGGGAAUGCAUGCAGCUAAUGCGCUUGAAGCUACGAUGCCUCUUUGCCCUGACAAUGUCCUUUCUGUCAGAAAGGACUCCAUGUCGGACGUGGCUGUCAGAAGCCCGGGUGUUGAUGCAUCUGUGACGGAUGGCACACAAGAGCAGCGAGUGACGAAGGCUUGUGCCGCCGUUAAUUUUACCAAUGACCUGGCAACGGCUGUCGAAGUUGUGCUGGGCACUGAGAAGCUGGUGAUUUAUCCUGGGAGAAAUCACGUGUUCCAGAUCACAACCACCUCAGACGCGAAGUUGACUGUUGCGUUGCGAGACGCUCCGGAAGUUUCAGCAGACUGUCAUGUGGGGUCUGGGGCCGACUUGUUCCUGAGCGCAUCCGGCUCCUUUGGGUCCUUCGGUGUGGCAGCCGCCCAGUUCCUGAAGCGAGAGCAAGAUCAGAUCCAGCGAGAGCAGCACCUGCGACAGAAGCGACAACAGACAAUGAAGAGGGAAGUGACGCGACAAGAAUGUGUCCGUGAAACAUGGCUGUUCUUCCUUUGUUGCGGAUUUGGGGCGCUGCUGGGUUCCCACUUGUUCGUCUGCUCUGCUGCAUUUUGGUGGCGUCAGCAUCUGCCUCUGUAUGCUCAGGAGCUUGCAAACUUUCUCGAGGAGUUUGCCACACUUCUUGGGCUGGAUUUGGAACUUCAGGUGGAUGAGGCGCUGGUGGUGAGCUUGACUGCAAGUUCAAACGCCAGCUUCGUCGUGUUUUGGGGGAGCACCAUGGGCGCCGAAUUGUUGGCAUGCCGUUGGGGUGGGCGCUACUGGAAGUGGUUCGUAAAUCAGGGUGCGCAGAGUUGCAUUCUCCUGGGUGCCAUGGGGACGGUGUCGGCACUUGUUCGUUUCAGCACCGAUGGCUUCUGGAAGAGCAUGCUGGUUGGCCUGCUGUUCACACUGCCGGGUGCAGUGCUACUCUUGGCUUCGCCUGUUCUAGCAUGCUAUUCUUGUUAUUUUGGCCCGGCGGAUGAUCAUUGCAAGUAUGCAGAGGGACGUGACGAACGACUUGCUACAGAACAGCUGCUUGUCUUCCAGGGCUGUGUCCUUCCAGGCCAGGGUUUGGAAUGCGUGUGUUCUUGGCCUGGAAAGUACGAGUCUGCUUGGGACGUUAUGGUCACAGCAAGCCGAAGGGGUGCUGUGAGUGCUGCGGUUGUCUUCCUGCCCGAGGGCUCAGAGCACUUCGGAUGCCACGAUCGGAUCGCAACUCGCCAUGGCCUGCAGGGGGAAUGUUGGUGUGCACCGCUGUACGGGGAGAAGAAAUUUUGGGGAUGCCGCUGGUGGUCCAAGUGGAUCUCCAAUGUCGAAUAG